GUGACCCUUCCGAAUUCCGGUUCUCCCGUCACACUCCAAAACCGGCCAAAAUGUCCCACUCCAAGCCUGUCCUCCCUCAAAACGACAAUGUUGCCCACGCCCUCGCCGGCGCUGGCGGCGGCAUCCUGUCCAUGGCUCUGACCUACCCCCUCAUCACCCUCUCGACCCGGGCGCAAGUCGAGUCCAAGCGGGCCGAGACCGCCUUCCUGGCCGCCGUCCAGAACAUCAUUGCCCGCGAGGGCGUGGCGGGCCUCUACUCGGGCAUGUCAUCGGCGCUCUUCGGCAUCAGCGUGACCAAUUUUGUCUACUACUACUGGUACGAAUGGACGCGCGCCUUCUUCGAGGCGGCCGCGGCCAAGGCCGGGCGCGCCUCCAAGAAGCUGACGACCGUCGAGAGCAUGAUCGCGGGCGCCAUCGCCGGCUCCGCCACCGUCAUCCUCACCAACCCCAUCUGGGUCGUCAACACCCGCAUGACGGCGCGCAAGAACACGGCCGCCGCCGACAAGGACUCCCUCCCCGGCCCGGCGACCGGCAACAAGGUGGACAAGAAGCCGAGCACGAUCGGCACCCUGCUCAACCUGCUGCGCACCGAGGGCCCGCAAGCCCUCUUCGCCGGCGUCGUGCCCGCCCUGGUCCUGGUCAUCAACCCGAUCCUGCAGUACACCCUGUUUGAGCAGAUGAAGAACGCCGUCGAGCGGAAGCGCCGCGUCACCCCCACCGUGGCCUUCUUCCUCGGCGCCCUCGGCAAGCUGUUCGCCACCACCGUCACCUACCCGUAUAUCACGGUCAAGAGCCAGAUGCAUGUCGCCAAGGCCGGCGAGAAGAAGGAGGGCGUCAUGGAGGCCAUCAACCGUGUCAUCAAAGAGGAGGGCUACGCCGGCUUGUACAAGGGCAUCGGCCCCAAGGUCACCCAGAGCGUGCUGACGGCCGCUUUCCUGUUUGCCUUCAAGGACGUGCUCUACGAGUACUCGGUCCGGCUACGCGGCUCUGUGGGCAGGAGGACUGUUGCCGCCUAAGGACCGAGCCUGACUGGGAGGAGCCUUCCCCUCCCCCCUCCACCCCCCCCCCUUUUUUUUUUUUCCGUGGGUACUCGAUGAUUGCUCCACCGUAUAGGAUAAGGAUAUCCAAGACACCACGGAGACACCACCCUCGAGGCACGGAUAGUAUCCUGUGCCGCUGUAGUCGUGGAGACGGAGAGCUCAAUUGGUGGGCUGGAGGAAUGGAAUGUGCGGAACUGAGCAGACAAAGCGGUCCAAGUUUGAACGAUGGACAAUAAUGCUGUAUAACUACGCGUUGAAACACUGUAUCUUUUAGUUGCAGGUGGGGAUGAGGCGGAUUGGAGGAUUUGGGAAGCAAUGACAUUUCGUCU